UAUAAAACAAGAACAAGAACGAGAGAGAGAAGGAAAAGAUUCGAUCUUUAUUUAUUUAUUUGAAGAAACAUGGGAAGUGAAGGCAGAAGGGGAAUCGAAAUCAAGAGGAAACCAAGGAUUCUCUGUCUCCAUGGAUUUAGAACCAGUGGAGAAAUCCUCAAGACACAAAUCCUCCGUCGAUGGCCUGAAUCUGUAAUCGACAAAAUGGACCUCGUAUUCCCCGAUGCCCCAUACCCUUCCCAAGGAAAGUCAGAGGUCGAAGGAAUCUUUGAUCCUCCCUAUUACGAGUGGUUCCAAUUCAACAAGGAAUUCACUGAUUACACCAAUUUUGAGGAGUGUCUGGCUUACAUUGAAGAUUACAUGGUUAAUCAUGGACCCUUUGAUGGACUACUUGGUUUCUCUCAGGGGGCUAUUCUAUCAGCUGCAUUGCCGGGUCUUCAAGCCAAGGGAAUGGCACUUACAAAGGUGGAGAAGAUGAAGUUCUUGAUAAUAAUAGGAGGGGCGAAGUUACUAAAUGCAUCUAUUGCGGAUGUUGCUUAUUCAUCCCCGAUUCAGUGCCCUUCACUUCAUUUCUUAGGUGAGAAAGAUUUCUUGAAGCCGCAUGGGACAGUUCUUCUUGAAUCAUGCAUUGAUCCUGUUUUGAUUCACCAUCCUAAGGGUCACACCAUUCCAAGAAUUGAUGAAGAUAAUCUGCCUGUAAUGUUGAGUUUCAUUGAAAAAAUUCAGAAACUGGUUUCUGGGGAUUAUCAGGAAGAUCUCAAUGAUCAGCAGCAACAGCAACAGGAGGAUGAGGUGGAGGCUUCAACUUAAGAUUAUUUAUUUACAAAGCAGAUUAUCAAUUGGGAAGAUAACAAGUAUAUGUAAUAAAAUCUACUUAUGAAAUAUUAAUUUCAUAAAUGACAGAUGAAUAUUAUUAACCUGUUUUGAAUAAUGAAUGAAUUAAGUCUUAAGUGAUCCUAUUAUUAUUAUUAAAAAUGUGUUAUGAUAAUUUGCUGUAAUAUAAGUCAAAGUGAUUGACUCCUUC